AUGGCCAAGAGUAAAAAGAAUUUAGAAGUCGUUGAUUCGACAAAAUCUCCUAUUCUAGAAUUACUAUCCUUUAAGGCUCCCAUUUUUCAGUCAAUUUUACAUCCUGAACUACCCAUCAUAAUAACCGGUUUUGGCACCGGCCAUAUUGUGUGCCAUCGUUAUGACCCCACUAAGUUACAGUCACGUUUGAAUCGCAGGCGUAAACUUGAUAUUGCGAUCACAGGCAAGGAUUCACGGAACAAUUCCAAAAUAAAAGGCGGUAUUUGCCCCUGGACUAGAUUAGACGUGGACGUAGAAACUGGUGCUUUGAAAUUGGUUGAUGCUGAAGAAAAACAUGAGCAAGAGCAAACUGAUAAUAACGAAGACUUGGGCGUGGAAACGCUCUGGAAAACUAAAAGACAUAAAGGUAGUGUCCGUGCCAUGUGCUUUGACGCUAAAGGUGACAGUAUAUUUUCUGUUGGUUCCGAUAAUAUCUUGAAAAAGGCUAAUACCAUGACCGGUAAAGUUGUCAAAAAAGUAAACUUGAGUUCGCUUUUUAAUUCUGAAAAGAAAAAAAAUGAUAAGUUCACCAAAUUAUGCAUUUCUCAAACUCAUCCAUUUGUAUUAAUAGGUGACGAAUCUGGUGAUAUACAUGUGAUAAACUCGGAAAGCUUGGCUUUAACAAACUCUAUUCGAUCUAUACAUUUUGGUGACUCGAUCAAUGAUAUUCUCCACUUUGAUAAGAGAUCUGCAUAUAAAUUCAUUUCUCUUGGUCAGACGACAUUAGCGUAUUUUGAUGUUCGUGACAAAAAUGCCAAGCCAAACACAGCUGAAAACGAAGAUGGUAAAAUUUUGGUAAGUGAUGAUCAGGAGGACGAGGUUCUUUGCGGUUGUUUCGUUGACCCGGAAGUUGCAGAUACCCUUUUAUGUGGGAUGGGCGAGGGUAUUGUCACUGUUUGGAAGCCAAAUAAGAACGACUUGGAAGAUCAAAUGAGCCGUAUAAAAAUAAGCAAAGAUGAAAGUAUCGAUUGCAUUGUUCCUACGUUACAAGAUGACAAUUGUAUAUGGUGUGGUUGUUCCAAUGGUAAUAUUUAUAAAGUAAAUGCUAAACUGGGCAAAGUUGUUGAAGUGAGAAACCACAAUGAAUUGGAUGAAGUCAAUUUUAUAGAUUUAGAUUUUGAGUACCGUGUUGUUUCUGGUGGCUUAGAGAAUAUCAAGAUAUGGGAACUAUCAUGUGAUCAUGCAGAGGAACACGAAUUGUUGGAGUCUGAUGGGGAUGACUCUUUCGCCCGCUCUGAUGAAGGAAAUAGCGAUAACAACAGUUCUGAUGAUUGUGAAGCGACACUUGUCGGGUUAUCGAAGGAAGAGCUAUUGAAUGAAUUGGAUAAAGAUCUUAGUGGAGAAGAUUUGCCGGAAAAUAACGACACCGACCAAAAAAGUACCAAAAAAAGAAAGAUAACGAAGGAGAACAACAAAAAAAGGGACCUGUACGAGCAUGGUAUCAAGAAGUUUGAUGAUUUAUAG